UUAGCUUGGCAUAUAGGUUUGGCUGACUUCGAGGUGAAUUCAGGAGUUAUAGGCGAAACAUUUUUGCUAUUAUAAUUCAGAUUUUCUCAAGAAGCAAGUAGAUGGUACCGUUACUCUCCUGGCGUGCGCCUCUAAUAGACCCCCUGAGCUACGCUUGAAGCGCCCGCCCCGGUUCUUUCCAACUCGAUACAAAUUCACCCACCUAGCCUCCGCGACCCACAGGCGCGAACCCAGGCGAGAGAUAUCUCAAUCUCUGUUCUUUAAGAUCCUCACAUGAAUCAAUCACUGGUCUUCGUCGGUUAAUUAUCCGAACCCAGCCGUCUCACGCACCCUUCUCUUAUCCCCUUUAAUUCAUUGGCAUGGACCUGCCAAAAUCAAUCUUUAUAUCCACAUCUUAUACUACUCCAACUAUUCUAGUUUGUUCUUACUACUAGUUCCUUUGUCCACGAGCAGCCUCAAAGCCUGCAUCUACCUCAAGAUGCCACCAAAAAGAUGCAUCGAGGAUGUUGAUCUCGCAAACCGAGAGGCUGUAAAGCGGAUCCGCAAGCUGACAUUUCAUGACGGAACAACCAUUGACGGGUGCCUUGAAGCCUACUUGAAGCAUCACGGCAUCGACCCAGCAGUCGAAUCUCUGAAACUCCAGCGUGGGCACAGAGAUGCUGCCAGGUUCAGACAACGCAUGGAGGCCGCCGCGGCAAAGACGUUGUACGAAGCUGCCGGACUAACAGAGCCCAGCCCGGAUGAUGAGAAGGUAAAAAAAUCUUGGUAUCUCGCGGAUGAUAUGGAUUCGGGGGAGGAUGAAGAGCUCGUGGAGAAAAUGGAUUCGGACGUCGAGGAUAUGAUAACAGGCGGCAGAGUGCAGACUAGGCAAGGGAAAAAUCUCACCACGUCGGCACUGGGACGAUCCGCCGUGUUCAAUCCCACAGUAUACUUCACUCCGUACUCGGCAACAAAGAGGGACGUGUUCGAUAGAGUUAUUCCGGGAUUGGAAAGAUACCAGCAUCCAUCCGAAGAGGAGAAAACAGCGUCAAUUUUUAGAGCUAACGCGAUCCUUGAGGCAGCCUUUAAGGCACACCCCCAAGAGAUAAUGCAACGCUUGAGCGACGUGGAGUUUAUGACAUUCGGAAAAUCAAACGAGCUUAACUUCCCAAGUCCGGACAAGGAAUCGGUCGAUAGGUUCGGCAACGCCUCUUUCAACUUUACGACGGCCUUCCCGGCCACAACUCUGGACAAAACGAUCAAAGGCUCCGUGAUCAAGCUUAAAGCCCCUUCUGAAGAUGGAACUACGAAGCUUCGAGUCAUGAACGUCUCUGCCAGCCCCCUUUGGUCAGGAAGGACUGGGCUCCACACCCAGCCCGACAGAAGAUGCAGGAUGAUACAACUCAAUACGCUCUCACCUGAAGAGAUCCACCUUGGAGAUUACUACGCCCACGCAUUCCACUCAGUCGCACCGCACCAGUUCGCGCGCUUUGCCGAGCUCCCGACCCUUGUGCAAGACCUGAUAUGGGAGUUUUCUUUCGAAUCGCGCGUCGUCGAAAUCCAAUACGACCCAAAGUUCACGCGCAUGUGGUCCCCAACGAAGUGGCCAGCGCAGAGCUUCGUAUGCAAACAAAGCAAUGCUGUUAUGAGGCGCGUGUACGAGAGAUCACCAUUUGGCGACGCGACGGCCAGGAGGGGCCUUUUGUUCAACUUUGACGUCGACGUGCUAUUUCUCACGUUCGAGAAGAGAGGCCAGGUUAACAUGGAAGGGCAGAUUCCGCUGCGCGUCAAGAAGCAGUCGAAAGUGGUGCUGGACUUUUUGCACUCACUCCCUCCAGCCCAGCUCCCGAAGAUACGCCACCUGGGACUUGACCUGCAGACUUGGAGAAUGAUUGAGCACGACAUGUACCAGCACCGGAGGAGAAGACACAAGAUCCGUGGUCAAGAAAGGUUCGUCCUCCCGAUUCUCACCGGAUUGAGGAGCCUACGGAUCAUUGAGAACAACAAUGUUGGGUGUUGGCGCAUAAACAGACAGAUGGGCUUUGAGGCGAUGGCUCACGAGAACCUGGUGGCCCGGCAAUGUCCGCCUAUUGAUCUGGCUUUGGACAUGAAUUCGGUGCGUUUUGAUAUUUCACAGUUGUUUCCCGGGCGCUCCCCACAGCCCGAUGGUAUACGUCUAUGUUGGUGGAAUGGCUCGGGGGUGAUCUCCAUGACGAGGGUGACUCGCUGAAUGGCUUCGGCUUCAUUAUGAACGCAGAAGUGUUUACAUUUGCAGCGGCUGGUUUACUUUGAUUUGCCUAUGAUGGCCUAUGUACCCAUUACGAUUCAUAAGAACUUGACUUCUCUCGAUAUUACACGUUGUGGUAUUCAUCGAAAUUUAUAUUCAGUCACUCAGUCACUCAGACCCAGCUAUUCCGUACAGGCAUACAGUCAGUUAAUGCAGUCAUUCAAUACAGGCAUUCAAUACAGUCACACAUUCAUGAAA